AUGGGUCAAGGCCCUCCGAUGGGUCAAGGCCCGCCGAUGGGUCAAGGCCCGCCGAUGGGUCAAGGCCCGCCGAUGGGUCAAGGCCCUCCCGGUCCGAUGUACCAGGGUGCUCCCACGAACCAAGGUCCACCUGGUCCGCCGGGACAGUACCCGCAAGGGCAGUACCCACCGGCGCAGCAGGGCGGGAUUCCGAGUGGGGACUUUCACCAGGGCGGGUAUGGCCAGCAAAUGCCGCCGCCUGGCGCCAUCUCGGAAGCGUCCUUGGCGGCGCAGUGCGACCCUCGCUUUAUGCGCAUGACGGUGAACGCGCUCCCGCACUCGCAAGAGCACGCGACCAAGUCGGCCCUGCCAAUGGGUGUCAUCAUCCAGCCCCUCGCCGAGCCCGAAGGCGGCAAGGAGCUGCCAGUCGUCAACUUUGGCGCUACGGGUGUUGUCCGCUGCAAGUCGUGCCGCACGUACAUCAACCCGUUCGUGCAGUGGGUCGACAACGGCCGCCGGUGGCGCUGUAACCUCUGCGGUGUCUCCAACGACGUGCCGAGCUCGUACUUUUGCCAUUUGGGUCCGGACGGCCAGCGCCAAGACAAGGACGAGCGUCCGGAGCUGUGCGGCAGUGUCGAGAUUGUUGCGUCGUCCGAGUACAUGAUGCGACCGCCGACGCCGCCCGUCUACGUCUUUGUCAUUGACGUCUCGGCGCAGGCCAUUGCAAGUGGCAUGGUGCAAGUGGCCGCCGAAACGAUCCAGUCGCAGCUCGACAGUCUCCCGGGCGACCCGCGCACGCGCUUUGGCUUGAUUACCUACGACAGCGCGGUGCAUUUCUACAACCUCAAGGCCGGCUUGAAGACGCCGCAGAUGAUGAUCGUCCCCGACAUCAACGAGCUCUUCAUUCCGAUUCCGGACGAGCUCCUCGUCAACCUCAGCGACUCGCGGGAUGUGAUUGAGAGCUUAUUGGAGAUGCUGCCGCGUAUGCACCAAGGCACGCGCAACCCCGACACGUGCUUGGGCCCGGCGAUUCGCGCCGCCUUCCGUCUCAUGACCUCGGUGGGCGGCAAGAUGCUCGUGUUCCAGAGCUCGCUCCCGACAGCGGGCCAGGGCGCGCUCAAGCACCGCGAAGAUACGCGCCUCCUUGGCACGGACAAGGAGCACAAUUUACUCAACGCUGUCGACACGUUUUACCGCAAGAACGCGAUCGAGUUUUGCCGGCAGCAAGUCAGCGUCGACACGUUCCUCUUUUCGCCGCAGUACACGGACUUUGCGUCGCUCGGGUGCAUGUCCAAGUACUCGGCCGGCCAAGUGUUUUACUACCCCAACUUCUCGGCGUCUGUCGAUGGCGACAAGUUUGCGGCCGAAUUGCAGCACUGCUUGACGCGCGAGACGGGGUGGGAGGCCGUCAUGCGCGUCCGUGCGACCAAGGGCAUGCGCCUCUCCAACUUUUACGGCAACUCGUUCUUGCGCGGCCCGGACCUCCUCGCGCUCCCCAACGUCCAUCGCGACGCCGCUUUUGCGAUCGAGCUCGAGCACAACGACGCGCUCUUGACGGCCAGCGUCAUCUGCGUCCAGUCGGCGCUGCUCUACACCACGUCGUGCGGUGAGCGCCGCAUCCGCGUGCACACGCUCGCCGUGCCUGUGACCAAGCUGUAUGCCGAGGUCUUCCGGUCCGUCGACGUUGACGCGAUGUGCAAUUUGAUCGCCAAAAACGCCCUCGAGGUCGCGCUCAAGAGCGGUCUCAACACGGCGCGCACCAAGCUGCAGACGAUUGCGUCGGACAUUGCGCGCGCAUACCGCACGAGCGGUGCGUACGGGGCCAACCCGAGCACGGGCUACCAGCUCCAGCUGCCCGAGUCUCUGCAGUUGCUGCCGCUGUACAUUAUGUCGCUCAUGAAGAACCCGGCGUUCCGCGGCGGCAACGACAUUGGCUCGGACGAGCGGUCGGCGUGGCAGUAUACGCUCAACAACCUCUCGGUGACGCUGUCCCGGACGUUUAUUUACCCGCGCCUCUUCUCGCUCCUCGAGAUGCCCCAAGAAGCCGGCCUGCCUAUCGCCGAAGGCGAGCUCCCGCCGGGCGUGACGACGGCCGGUGCGCAACAGAUCCAGCUGCCGCCCGUGGUCAACCUCUCGGUGGACCGGCUCAACACGGAAGGCGCCUUCUUGCUGGACGACACGGUGUCGCUGCACCUCUGGCUCGGCCGCAACGUCUCGCCUCGCUUCCUCCAGAGCCUCUUUGGCACCGACACCAUCGACGGCGUGGACUCGCGCGAACUCCAGCUUGUCGAGCCCACAGACGACCUUGGCACGCGCCUGCACAACAUUUUCUCAGCGAUCCGCGAAGACCGCCCGGCCUUCCUCAAGCUCCACGUGCUGCGCGAAGGCGCGCCGGGCGAAGGUCGCUUCUUCUGGAAGCUAGUCGAAGAUCGCGCGAGCUUCAACGGCGGCACGUACUCGUACGCCGAGUUCCUCGGGCAAACCAACCGCGCGAGCCAAGGCGGCAAGUAA